UUGGCCAAUGCUGAUGCCCUUCUUCACAGAGUGACGUCGCUUCGUUGACCAAUCCGCUUAAUUCUUUAUCCCUUAUAACAAACCCAGCUCGGUUGCUAUAUAACCGCGUUGACAACAAGCUUCUAGCACAGAGCUGUGGAGAAACUGCAUGCAGCACAAUUAUAUGUAACAUUAGUAUCCACUAUGAAGGCAGUCAAUCCGGUGCGGUCCUUAAGGAAACCUGCUUUUCAUUUAUCGGAACAUAAUGUUGGCAUCUCACGGAGCAAGACCUCACUGGACGAUCCACUCAGUCUACUGUACAACAUGAAUGACUGCUACAGCAGGUUGAAAGAGCUCGUGCCGAGUUUACCGCAGAACAGGAGCGUGAGUAAAAUGGAGAUCCUGCAGCAUGUCAUAGAUUAUAUUUUGGAUCUUCAGAUCACACUGGACCAGAACCCGCAACAACAGCUCCGGAUCGGACAGAGCACUCCAAAAAAGACGGUGAAGUCACUUGGCGCCGAUAUCAGCAUCAUCUCUUUACAGCCCAGUAACCCUCAAAGAGAGAUCAACUCAGAUGAUAUAGUCCUAUCUCGUUGAAAUGGUGUUUCGGUCAUGGAGCAAAAACAGGACCUUUUUGUGUUUUGUUUCCCGUGUCAUUCGCCUGGACUUCGU